CUAUUUUCCCGCCAUCUUUUAAAUUCCUCAUCCCAGUAGCUCCCAUUGUUUACCCCCCAGAAUUGUUCUGCCUCCCACCAGAAUUUCCCCGUCAUGGCCGUGGACAAGAUCGAUGUAACCGGUGAUCCGAGGGUCGAGCGCCGCUCGGCAAACGUCAAUGGGAAGACAUACGGCUAUCUCUACAGCGAGCCUGAAUCGGGAGUUUAUCGGGCGACGAUCUUCCUCCUGCAUGGCUUCCCUGACCUGUCAAUGGGAUGGCGCUACCAGAUCCCGAUGUUGAUUUCCCAAGGCCUCCGAGUCGUCGCCCCAGAUUGUCUAGGAUACGGCAGAACAGACGCACCCGAAGACAUUGAGUUAUAUUCUCACAAAAACUGCGCCGAUGACAUCAAAGAACUAGCCAUCCAACUACGUGCACCAACAAUCAUCCUUGGCGGACAUGACUGGGGCGCCGCACUGGCCUACAGAGUCGCCCUCUGGCACCCCGAGCUUGUCUCGCACAUUUUUACAGUCUGCGUCCCAUACGCAGCUCCAACAAGGAAAUAUCUCGCUCUAGAAGAUAUGGUCGACAACAUAGCCCCGCAUUUCGCGUACCAGCUGCAAUUCCGAAGCGGGGAUCUCGAAGACGUCAUCUACACCAAGGAAGAUAUCGAGAGGUUCCUGUCUGCGCUGUACGGCGGUCGGACGGAUGACAGGGAUGUAGCGUUUGAUGCGGAGUAUGGGGUUAUGCUGGACAGGAUGGACCUUGUGCGGCCGUCGCCGUUGUUGAGUGAGGUGGAACUGGAAUACUACGCCGACGAGUUUUCGAGGAAUGGGCUUCGUGGUCCAUUAAACUGGUACCGCACGCGCGAGAUAAAUUACGAAGACGAGCUCGCCAUCCUCAACCAACGCAUCACAGCACCACUGCUAUUCAUUCAAGCACUAAAGGACGCCGCACUCCCGCCGCAUCUCGGGAAGGGAAUGACACGAACGAUCCCUCAUCUGACAUAUAAGCAGGUGAAUACAUCUCACUGGGCGCUGUGGCAGGCGCCAGAGGAGGUGAAUGAGAUUAUAGCAUGGUGGUUGAAGGAGGUGGUGUUUAAGAGUAUGAGGCUGUCGAGGUUGUGAGCAUUGUAUAUGUGAUCGUGGGAAGAUUGUAAGGGUAGCUUGUACGGUUUUGUGCAUAUGUAUGGCAUGUUCUGUUCCUGGGCUUUUGGUUUCGGUUGGGCGUGAUUGUGAGCUAUUUUGGUUUAUCUGGAUUUAAGCUGAAACAAAAUAGUCCUCGAAUAGGUCGAGGCUGCACCUUCUAAUUUUUUUUUCAGUGUCGCGAAGGGUCCU